UCCUCUUCCACUAGGAGAAGGCACAGCCUGCAUCUGCAGCCCCAGGGCCACUGGGUUAGGCCUGUGGCCAAACUACCAAGGUGCCGGGAGACUAAGGAGGCCCAGCGCCACCUGGGGCCACCAAGCCCGUGGUGACAGCCUCCCCAUGGACCGGGCUGUCCCAAGAGCAGCAAGUCGGCCAGGGCCCUCAGGGCCGCUGAGGCCACUGCUCUGUGUCACCGUAAUGGAAACUUCUCAGCUGGUUGUGAGCUGCAACAGCUCUGGUUCACACCCUGCGACAGCAAGGCUCUGACUGCCAGUGGAUCUCAGGGCCGGUCAGGCGGGUGAGCCACCCCAGAGGUACAGCACCAGCAGGAGCCCAGGGCCAUGUUCCAGUAAAUGAGGACUGCAGCAGGAGCCUUGAGCCCUGACUCCCGGCCAGAGACACGACAUCAGACCAGAAAGAAUGAGGAGGACGCGUGGGGCCCACGGGCGUGCAGGGCAGAGAGGGAGGACAACAAGAAGUGCCCCCCCUCCAUCCUGAAAAGGAGCCGGCCGGAGCAUCACCGCCCAGGGGUCGAGCCCCAGAGGACCGCGAGGCGUGUGCGGUUCCGAGAACCCCCAGCGGUGACCGUCCACUACAUUGCUGACAGGAACACCACGGCCACUGUCAGGGUGCCCGGCAGGCCCAGGCCACACAGCGGCUCCCUGCUCCUGCGGCUGUGCGUGUGCGUCCUUCUCGUGCUGGCCCUGGGCCUGUACUGCGGCCGGGCCAAGCCCGUGGCAACGGCACUGGAGGACCUGCGGGCCCAGCUCCUCAGCCUUGUCCUGCACCUGCAGCACGCGGCCCUCACCUGCUGGCACGGCCUCCUGCGGCUCUGAUGGGCAGGACGGGCAGGGCUUCCCGGAGAGCUCAAGCACUCCAGGGGCUCUGAGACAGCCUGAGCCCUGGCCCUGCUGCUUGGUGAAUCAUGAAGGCCAAGAAGGGCUGCUGCCUGGGGGCCGACUGGGAAAAGUGGGACCCCAUGGCGUGAGACUGGACAUGGGGGGCACAGCGGGCGGCCCUGCCACACUAGUCAGCACAGCCCUCCUGUCUCCUGUGUUGGGUCCAUGUGAGAUUUUAUUAGAAAGAGGAUUCGACUGCUAACAGUUGGGGCUCCCUAGGCUCACCCAAAGACCCCUCCCUUGUCCCAGCAGGAACUCCUGCUGCUGCUAGGGCCCGGCCCAGCCAUUGCCGUGUGCACCCGCUUGAGGAGGGGGGCAUGCUGCCUGUGUUCGAGGGGCUGCUCGGAGGAGGCAAACCCAGCCUUUUGCAAUUAGGGCCUGUGGAGAACCCAGACCUCGAAACCCCACAGGAAGGGUUUGGUUGUCAAGGUGGGUCCCUCUGAUGUGAGGUGCCAUCCUCUGAGCCCAGGUCUGACCCCCUACUCAGUCCCAUGAGUCUGGAGAGGCCCCAGGGGAGGACCCCUCAUCGGGGGCAGCUUCAGGUGUAGAAGCCGAGGGGACAGCAAGGGGCCCAGACACCCCUGGCCUUCAGAACAGCCAUCUGUGCCCAGCUCUGCAGGCCGGGGGCACCCAGCUGAGCCCAGGGCCAGCCAGUGCCACCCACCAGCUGGGGCCUGUAGGUCCGGAAGACCGUCUGUGGUUGUGGCUUUGUCACCAGAUUGCAGAGCUGAAGGGAGCCCUGUGGGUGACAAACACUAGGGGCCCCUCCAGACCCUACGUGAGGGGAGGGCCGAACAAAGCAGGGAGGCCCACGGUUAGGGACCAGGCAGAACUGCCCGGGAGAGACACAGGGACAAUCAGACCAGUGUCCUCGAGGCUAGCCUGAGAGGGAAGGGCACGGCUGAUGACCUGUCUGGUGGUUCCUCUCUGUCCCACCACUUAACUGGGAGACACUGCUCUAUUAAAACACACGGUGGCUUCCUUCA